AUGCAAUGGCUAUACACUGAACGACUGGCGGUUUCCAUAGAGAUUCCACUUCGUGAUAUAGAUGAGGUAAUCGAGCUAGACCUGGAUCAAUUACCAGAAGGAGAUGAGGUUCUUGGUAUUUUACGUCAAGAACAUGCACAACUUAAAAUUUGGGUCAAUUGGGCUCUUGAAUAUUACAAACAACAUAAAAUCGAAGAUUUCAUUAAAAUACUUGAAUCUUCUCGGAUUGAUGCUAAUAUUGAUUACCGUGACUAUGAAGAAGAUCAAAUGCGUGCGUUGAAUAUGUUGGCUGCAUAUUAUGUGCAGGAAGCCAACAGAGAAAAGAAUAAAAACAAAAAGAGAGAUCUAUUUGCAAAAGCCACCAUAUUAUAUACAACUGCAGAUAAGAUUACUAUGUGUGACCAAAAUCAUAUACUUGGCAAAGCUUACUUCUGCCUCCUGGAAGGGGAUAAGAUGGAUCGGGCUGAUGCCCAAUUUAAUUUUGUACUAAAUCAGUCUCCAAAUAAUAUUCCUUCCCUACUGGGAAAAGCAUGCAUAGAAUUUAACAAAAAAGAUUACAGAGGUGCGCUUGCCUUUUAUAAAAAGGCAUUGAGAACAAAUCCAAAUUGUCCAGCUGCUGUGAGGUUGGCGAUGGGACAUUGUUUUAUGAAAUUAAAUAAUCAGAAAAAAGCACGUUUAGCAUUUGAAAGAGCUUUACAGUUAGAUGGCCAAUGUGUUGGAGCAUUAGUUGGACUUUCAGUACUGAAACUGAAUCAACAACAGUCUGAUAGUAUCAGAAAUGGUGUUCUAAUGUUAUCUAAAGCUUAUAACAUUGAUUCGACUAAUCCCAUGGUGUUGAAUCAUUUGGCAAAUUAUUUUUUCUUUAAAAAGGACUACGACAAAGCACGGUACUUAGCCGACCAUGCAUUUCACAAUACCGAGAACGAGGCUAUGCGUGCAGAGAGUUGCUAUCAAUUAGCCAGAGCAUUUCAUGUUCAAGGUGACUAUGACAAAGCGUUUCAAUAUUACUAUCAGGCAACACAAUUUGCGCCUCCAGUUUUUGUAUUACCACACUUUGGCUUAGGUCAAAUGUAUAUUUAUCGUGGUGAUGCAGAAAAUGCAAAACAAUGUUUCGAAAAAGUGUUGGAAGCUCAUCCAGAUAAUUACGAAACAAUGAAAAUUCUUGGAUCUCUUUACGCAAAUUCGAGUUCUCAAUCGAAACGCGAUAUUGCUAAAAACCACCUUCGGAAAGUAACUGAACAAUUUCCGGAUGAUGUUGAAGCGUGGAUUGAAUUAGCUCAGGUAUUGGAGCAAAGUGACCAUAAUGACGCCUUAAAUGCAUAUGGUACGGUAAUCAGAAUUUUACAAGAAAAAAUGCAGGCAGAUAUACCACCAGAAAUUCUAAAUAAUGUUGGUGCUCUAUAUUAUAGACUUGGAAACUUAAAAGAAGCUAGAAAAAAUUUUAAGGAAUCUUUAGCGCGUUGUAAAGCUGAUGCCUUAUACGAUUCUGCAUACUAUAACUCAAUUGCAGUUACGAUAACAUAUAAUUUGGCUCGUUUGAACGAAGCUUUAUGUAUAUUUUAUACAGCAGAAGUGUUAUACAAAUUCAUUUUAAAGAGACAUCCAAACUAUGUAGAUUGUUAUUUACGACUUGGCUGUAUGGCUCGAGAUAAAGGACAAAUUUAUGAAGCGUCUGAUUGGUUUAAGGGUGCUUUAAGCAUAAAUAAAGAGCACCCAGAUACAUGGUCUCUUUUGGGUAAUUUACAUUUGGUUAAAAUGCAAUGGGAUCCUGGCCAGAAGAAAUUCGAAAGAAUUUUAAAAAAUCCAGCAACAAAUACCGAUGCCUAUUCUUUGAUUGCUUUGGGUAACAUUUGGUUGCAAACAUUGCAUCAAAGUGGAAAAGAUAAAGAUCGAGAGAAACGACAUCAAGACAGAGCAUUGGCUAUGUAUAAACAGGUUUUGCGAAACGAUCCUAAAAAUAUUUGGGCUGCAAAUGGAAUAGGAGCUGUACUAGCGCAUAAAGGUUGUGUAAAUGAAGCUAGAGAUAUUUUUGCUCAAGUUCGAGAAGCAACAGCAGAAUUUUGCGAUGUAUGGUUGAAUAUUGCGCAUAUUUAUGUAGAGCAAAAACAAUUCGUUAGCGCUAUACAAAUGUAUGAAAACUGCCUUCGGAAGUUCUAUAAAUAUCAUCAUGUCGAAGUUUUACAAUAUCUUGGAAGAGCUUACUUUAAAGCUGGUAAAUUAAAAGAAGCAAAAUUGACAUUAUUAAAGGCAAGAAGAGUAGCUCCACAGGACACUGUUUUGUUAUACAAUAUUGCACUUGUCCUUCAGCGUCUAGCGACACAAAUUUUGAAGGAUGAGAAGUCCACCUUAACAACAAUACUUCAGGCAGUUCACGAAUUGGGACUCUCACAUAAAUACUUCCAAUAUCUAUCAACGCAUGGAGAUGAAAUGGGGCAACUUGCGGAAGCAGAAGCAAGGAGGUGUCUAGAUCUUUUAUCGCAAGCGCAAUAUCCUAUUGGCAGAGGUAGACGAUUAAACGGGGAACAAAAAAUGUUUAGGGGAAAACAAGAAAAAGAAAGACAAGCAUUUAAAAUGCGACAAAUGGAAGAACAACCGAAACUUGAAGAAAUACGACGACAAAAAGAAGAGGAAAUGUUACAGAAACGUCAAGAGUACGUCGAAAAGACAAAGAACGUUUUGGUAUCCAACAAAAUGCCUUCAGAAAAACCUAGCAGGCACGGGAAAAAAGCACGCACUGAUCAACACGUUAGUGACACUGGUGGUUCUGGAACAGAUGAAGAUCGGGAGGAAGCUCUUAGAAAAAGGAAAAGGAAAAGAAAAGCAAGUGGUGAACAUAAAAAAAAAGGGGGCAAGGGUAAAGGAAAGCGCAAGAAAGAAAUGGGAAGUGGAGAAAGUGGUUCAGAAAGUGAUCGACUCAAGCCGAAACGUGGAAGAAAAGGGAUUAUUAAGAAAGACAGAGCAUUUCGGAAAAGUACAUCUGAGACUGCAGAAGGAAAGAUGCCUUUAUCGAAGGAAACUAUAUCGACGAGCGAAUCUGAUAGCGAUUCAGGAGGUCUUAAAAUUGCCAGCGGGGGUGCAAGCGCUAACGAAGGUCGCGGACGCGGAAAUAGACGAAUUAUGUCUCACUCAGAAGGAUCCCGUGCAUCGAGAUCUAGGUCUUGUUCCAGAUCGAAGUCUAGAAGUCGUUCUAGAAGUAGUUUACGAUCGCGAUCACGAUCACAGUCAGGAUUUCAAUCUCCAUCUGUAUCUCGUUCACGGUCUACGUCUUGCUUAGGUUCCAAGUCGAGAAGUCAAUCCCGGUCCAAAAGUCCGUCGAGAUCAAGAUCCGUUUCAGCGAAAGGUGGUUCACGCUCGAGAUCAAGAUCAGGGUCGCGGAAGAGUCAAUCGCGAUCAAGAUCGCGUAGUGGUUCGAGGAAAACUAGUGCACGAUCAAGAUUGGGUUCUGCAGCUAGCGCACGAUCGAGAUCAAGCUCUGCACAUAGUGCACGUUCGAGAUCGGGUUCUGCAGCUAGUGCACGAUCAAGAUCGGGUUCUGCAGCUAGCGCACGUUCGAGAUCAGGCUCUGCACACAGUGCACGUUCGAGAUCGGGUUCUGCAGCUAGCGCACGAUCGAGAUCAGGCUCUGCACACAGUGCACGUUCGAGAUCGGGUUUUGCAGCUAGUGCACUAUCAAGAUCGGGUUCUGCAGCUGGAGCACGAUCGAGAUCAGGCUCUACACGUAGUGCACGUUCGAGAUCGGGUUCUGCAGCUAAUACACCAUCAAGAUCGGGUUUUGCAGCUAGUGCACUAUCAAGAUCGGGUUCUGCAGCUAGAGCACGAUCGAGAUCAGGCUCUACACGUAGUGCACGUUCGAGAUCGGGUUAUGCAGCUAAUACACCAUCAAGAUCGGGUUCUGCAGCUAGAGCACGAUCGAGAUCAGGCUCUACACGUAGUGCACGUUCGAGAUCGGGUUCUGCAGCUAAUACACCAUCAAGAUCGGGUUUUGCAGCUAGUGCACUAUCAAGAUCGGGUUCUGCAGCUAGAGCACGAUCGAGAUCAGGCUCUACACGUAGUGUACGUUCGAGAUCGGGUUCUGCAGCUAAUACAUCAUCAAGAUCGGGUUCUACAGCUAGUGCACUAUCAAGAUCGGGUUCUGCAGCUAGAACACGAUCGAGAUCAGGCUCUGCACGUGGUGCAUGUUCGAGAUCGGGUUCUGCAGCUAAUACACCAUCGAGAUCGGGUUCUGCAGCUAAUACACCAUCAAGAUCGGGUUUUGCAGCUAGUGCACUAUCAAUAUUGGGUUCUGCAGCUAGAGCACGAUCGAGAUCAGGCUCUGCACGUGGUGCACGUUCGAGAUCGGGUUCUGCAGCUAAUACACCAUCAAGAUCGGGUUCUGCAGCUAGUGCACUAUUAAGAUCGGGUUCUGCAGCUAGAGCACGAUCGAGAUCAGGCUCUGCACAUAGUACAUGUUCGAGAUUGGGCUCUGGAGCUAGUGCACGAUCGAGAUUAAGGUUUCUUAGUGGUUCCAGAAAAGCAGCUUCGCGAUCAAGGUCAAGAUCAAGAGCAGGAUCAAGGAGUGAUUCAAAGUCGGAGGGACGUAUAUCAAGAAGCAGAUACCGAUCAAAAUCUAAAUCUGUGUCAAGAUCUAGAUCGCGUUCCGACUCACGGUCAAAGGGUGGCUCUCGAAGUCGCAGCCCUAGUGGAUCGGCAAGAUCAGCUAUUCCAGAGUCGGGAAAAUCAGUUUCUGGCAGUGAUGUUGGUUCUCGCCAUUCGAAUACAGAUCGAGGGGGCGACAGCGAAUGCGAAUAAACUCAACACACAUAUAGUAACAUCACUAGGGUGCAGAAAUUCCAACCUUGGAUUACGUACGUUUUUUAAGAGCCAAAUUUAUAUAAAUGAAAUAUAUAUAACUUUCGCCAUAUAUUUUUUAACACACGUUUGAAAGAACCGUUCGAAUUGAAACAGGAUUGUUACGCUAAGACGGAGCGCGGCAACUGGCAAUCGUUCGAGCUUACGAGUAACUUCGAUUUAUCGUUUAUCGAAGCGUAGUUUCGAGACAGCUAAGCGAUCCCUAGAUAGAGUGAUUUCAGUGUUUCAGACGUAAUAUUUCGCACAAUUGAAUAUUUGUUUUAUGUUUGCGAGUUAUAAAAACACCUCGUAAUUUCAGUCGAAACCAUUUGUUUAUGUAUCUCACUGCUCUUCCUGUUUGAUUAUCAAGUCCUUUUCUAUCGUCGCAUUUCUCGAUCCACAUUUUCAUAUAAAAGCAUAGAAAAGAAGUCCGCAUGUAAUUUUUAUUCUUCGUGAAGUUGUUUUCAAUACAUUGAAAUAAACGCAAGUUUUAAUUAGCCUUCGUGAAUUUUCACAUAGGUACUUAGAAAGUAUAGUCAUAAUUAUAUACCAAACUGUACUUAUAUAUUCUAGUCCAUCUAUGUGUCAGAACGUUA